CUCCCGCCUUACCGCGCGCGCGGGCAACGCCCUUCCAGUCAGUGAGGGCGGCGGGAAGGGGCCGGGCGGCUGCAGCCUCCCCUCAGACACCUCCCUCCUUCCCUCCCAUCGCGGUUCGGUUCGGUUCGGCUGCAGCCUCCCCUCCGGCACCUCCCUCCCUCCCUCCUUUCCUCCCAUCGCGGUUCGGUUCGGCCCCGUUCUCCCGAUUUUUCCCCUCCUUACCUCCCACCCUCACAACCUUCCCCAGCUCCCCCGAGCGGGAACAAAGGCCGCGGGCAGGCGGGCCUUGGGAGGGUUUCGCUUCUGCCCCGCCGCGCCCAGGCUGCCCCUGCAGGCCGGAAAAGGCGCCUGGCGUGAACAAAAGGAAAAAAAAAAAACCAAAAAACCCACCAGGCUCGAAAACAGACCCCCCACAAACGACGUUAUUUAAGUAGAAGAUCGCUCAGGAAGAGCAGGGCCCGGAGGAGCAGCAGAUGCCCCCUUUACCGCAGAAUAUUGGGCCUUGUGUAAGCCAGGCAGGAUAGAUGUUACCAGCAUGGAAUCAUUUUGUAGCAGCACAUGUACUAAAAUAUUAUCACUUUAUAAUGGAAAGUCUGUGCUCUGCCACCUCUUUAAAUCCACAGAAUUCAGAGCUAUGAAUGACAUCGGAGAUUACAUAGGUUCCAACAUUGAAAUCUCCUGGUUACCCAACCUGGAUGAUUUAAUGAAAGGCUAUGCAAGAAAUUUCAGGCCUGGGAUUGGAGGUCCUCCUGUUAAUGUUGCUCUUGCAAUCGAAGUAGCCAGCAUUGACCACAUCUCAGAGGUGAACAUGGAAUACACCAUGACAGUGUUUUUGCACCAGAGCUGGCGAGAUGACCGCCUGUCUUACAACCACACCAAUGAAACUCUGGGCUUAGACAGUCGCUUUGUGGACAAGCUCUGGUUGCCAGACACUUUCAUAGUGAAUGCCAAGUCUGCCUGGUUCCAUGAUGUGACUGUGGAAAACAAACUUAUCAGGCUCCAGCCAGAUGGAGUCAUUUUAUACAGCAUCAGGAUUACCUCAACAGUGGCCUGUGACAUGGACCUUUCCAAGUAUCCCAUGGAUGAGCAAGAAUGCAUGUUGGAUUUGGAGAGCUAUGGCUACUCUUCUGAGGACAUUGUCUACCACUGGUCAGAAAACCAAGAUGAGAUCCAUGGGCUGGAUAAGCUGCAGCUUGCUCAGUUCACCAUUACCAAUUACCAGUUCACAACAGAAAUGAUGAACUUCAAAUCUGCAGGUCAGUUUCCCAGGCUCAGUCUCCACUUCCACCUCCGUCGGAACCGAGGAGUUUACAUCAUUCAAUCUUAUGUUCCCUCUAUCCUCCUGGUGGCCAUGUCGUGGGUCUCCUUCUGGAUCAGUCAGUCAGCUGUGCCUGCCAGAGUGUCACUGGGUAUAACUACUGUUCUUACUAUGACUACCCUGAUGGUCAGUGCCCGUUCCUCACUCCCACGAGCAUCUGCCAUCAAGGCACUGGAUGUUUACUUCUGGAUUUGCUAUGUGUUUGUCUUUGCUGCACUGGUGGAAUAUGCAUUUGCACAUUUCAAUGCUGACUACAUGAAAAAGCAAAAGAACAAGCAAAAGCUGAAGGCGAGAAGAAGGAGUGGAGAGGUCAGUGUGAAGAAUGCCAUUGUUCUGUUUUCCCUUUCCAUAGCUGGUGUCAACCAGGAACUGGCCAUUUCCAACAGGAGGCACCGGAUUCCCAGAACCCUGCCUGGGGCCUAUGGCACAAUAGAAAUAGAAACUGGAGAGACAAAACAGCAGCACCUACUGAAAGUGGAUAAAAAGAGUGGUCUCAAGUCCCUCUUUAAGCCCAUUGAUGCUGACACCAUUGAUAUAUAUGCCAGAGCUGUGUUCCCUGCAGCCUUUGCAGCAGUCAAUGUUAUAUACUGGGUUGCAUACACAAUGUAAAAAAAGAAGAAAAAACUGAAGAAAAUCCACAUGGAGAGCUACAAAUUGAACAAUACCUACAGACUAAAAAGCCCUUGCUGAAAGUAUACUGAUCCGUCUCCUCUCAAAAUAUUUUCCAGUGAGCUCAAGACAUUUCUGAAGUCAAGAAAGUCCUUGGAUAAAUUACUCCUCCAAGCAGCAAU